AUGUCGGAGAAAACAACUUCCUCUUUUAUUGUGAAUGAUUUGAGCCCCUACAGUCCUAUAGACACUGUGGACACAACAACUUAUGACUGGAAACUGAGAGUAAGAGUGCAAUCAUUCUGGAAGAGCAUGAGCAGAGAGAAACAGGAAUUUUGGGGAGUUAACAUGCUACUAAUUGAUGACUCGAAUGGUAGACUUCAUGCCUUUGCCAAUUCCAAAUACUGUGGUGACUUGCUGAAGGAGAUAAAAGAAGGAGAAAUUUAUGUUAUCUCCAAUUUUAAAGUAAAAGAUUAUUUGGGAGAUGAGAAAUACAGAGCUGUACGCAGUAAAAAACAUAUUUUUUUCACUCCUCACACACUCUUCAAGAAAGCCACAGAUGUUGGACUACCAAUUGAGUUGUAUGCUUUUGACUUAUUCCAUUAUGAUGCACUUGAAAAGCUUGCAGACGACAAUCGCUCCAGUGUGCAUGUAACCUUUUUUGAUCAGUUUGGAGAAUUAGCGGAGAAGGAUUUUCGCAACGCCGACUGCAGGAAUCUUUAUGUUAUAAUAUGCUGUGCGAAAGUUGGUCGCUAUGAAGGUUCUGUCUAA